AGUUGUCAAGAAGACAUUUCCCGAUUUGAGUAAUAUUUUUCAAUAAUCGUAAACUUUCUCCAGAAAAGUAGUUUUAUCCGAGGAAAAAAGUCGGAAAAGUUUGAUAAAAAUCGCGAUUUUGACUUUGGUUGUGAUUGGACUCGCGUGUCAAUGAGCUGCCGUGUGCAUUGAGGUGCAGCAAGCCGUGAACAAUGUUCUGAUAUCGACAGAAAAGUGUGACGGAGGACUACACAAAGAGCAGCUGCCAUUGCUGUGGUGGGGCUCCAUUUCGGUGGCUGAGCACCACGAAUUCCGUCGAAGUGAACGAGCGAAUCCGCUAGAAAACUAGAAACAAAAUGUCCAAAACUGUGAAACGGCCCGCGGCGGGGAUCUAUCCGAAUUGCUACAUUCCCUCCCGGUUGGAGGACCGACGGCAGCGGGCACGAAUGCUGAGACAAGAACGAAGGCGAAAACCCGACAAGCCGGAUGAUUUCGUGACGUACGAGGACAGCGACAGCGAGGAGGAAACCCCGGCCCAGCAGCACCAGGUUCUCAGUACGUCGUACAACUUUGUGGACUACGUCCGCAGUCGGGAGACGGACCUGAGGGAAGUGCGCAGUGUGGAUCCGGCCUACGCCAGCAGGCACAUUCUGACCCACGACAUGUUCAAGGAGACCCCGAUCGCGCUGGGGAAUAUCAAUAAGGUUUUCUGCUCGCAGUGGCUUAGUAAUCGGCAGGUGGUGUUCGGAACGAAAUGCAACAAACUGAUGGUGUACGACGUCAAUACCCGGAAGGUGGAUGCGAUUCCCACAUUGCCAAAUAGUCGCGGUGCCAGCCCUGAUACGCAAUCCGGCAUUCACGCCUGCCAGAUCAAUCCGAGCCACAGUCUGCUGGCGACGGGAGCUCGGCAUUCGGCGGAUAUUGCCAUCUAUAGACUUCCGACGCUGGAUCCACUCUGCGUAGGGGAGAACGGCCACCGGGAUUGGGUGUUCGAUAUGUGCUGGCUGGACGAUCAGUUCUUGGUAUCGGGGUCACGCGAUACCAAAGUGGCGCUGUGGCGUAUCAACGAAGACACUAUGGAAUUUCCCGUAGCCAACAGCAAAGAGGGCGAAGAGCAGGAAGCCGUUCCGACCUAUGCCCACAUCAGCCCGGUGGCCAUCAAGGACUGCCGGGGAGCCCAGAAGAUUCGGGCAAUCUGCUUUCACAAAGAGUACCGGGAGAUUGCACUGCUGUCGCUCAACGGGUACAUGCAUCUGUUCAAUGCGGAAACGUUUUCGCAAAAGCUCUCCCGGAAGCUACCGAAUUGUCAGGAGAAUGUGUGCAUUGCAUGCCAACCGAACGGACUGUACGCAGUGGGUUGUCGCUCGUACACCUUGCUGCUGGAUCCGAGGACAUUGCAGGCUGUGAAAAAGAUUGCAUCUCGCUAUAGUGGGUGCGGCAUCCGUUCGGCCAGUUUCCAGGGCAACAUACUCACAAUCGGAACCGGACUGGGGAUGUUGAUGUUCUACGACAUCCGCGCCGGAAAGUAUCUCGAAUCGCAGACCAGUGCCUCCCGCACGGUGGUGUUGAAGGCCAGCCGAGGCUAUGUAGCACAAUUCCCCGAGGAAGAGAUGGACAACUUCCAGCAAAUUAAGUACGUUCCGGCUAUCUACACGCACUGUUACGAUAGCAGCGGUACCAGACUGUUCACCGCCGGAGGGCCACUUCCGGCAACGCUCAUAGGUAACUACGCGGGCAUUUGGCAAUAGGCGCGGUUCGAAUACCCGACAACAUACCCCCUAGUUUGAAGUGAUAUAAUGGGAAAAGCUCCUUCGUGUAGGCGAUAAAGGUAACAUUAGUGCAUAUAAUUUAUUAUGUUCAUCCUUCCUCUAUAAUAGUAGCCCAUCGGAAGCGCUGUCCUAUUAACAACGGGAAGUAUUUGAAUGCAAAGGAUUCAUAUAUCGAGAUAAUUUUAUUGAUUUUUUGUAUUUCGUUUGAUGUUCUAAAAGUUCGCAAAAAUUCCUUGACGCUCUAAAAAUGACGAUACUUAUACGUUCAUAUUUGAAUACAUAUUCUUGUUUUCAUGGUUGAUGCAACAAAUGACAUGUUUACCAAAUUCGAUAAAUACAGGAAUCUAAAAAAAUAACCUUUCAACCAAUUUCCCUAAAUGGAUUUCUGGAGAGUUUCCUUUGACGUUUGCUGGAAUUGUCAUCAAAAUUCCAAGGUUCUUUUCGCUCACCUGGCAAUCAUUUGACUCAUUUCACUAUAACUCAGUUGGGAAGCCAUACUAAACGAUCGAGAAAUUCGCCUUAACGGUUUACCUUAACUGGCGGCCAAACUGGAAUCAAGCCUAACUUUACCAAACACCGUAUCUAACAAAAUCCAUGAACGGAGAAAAUCGAAGGGGAAGUUCGCUGUUCCCAUCGCAACUCAUACAUUGAGCAUUUCAGAAACGUAAAAAAAUCAGGGUAUUUUUUCACAAAUCAUUCCCAAAGGUGAAUGAUACAAGUAGUCCUUAACGAAAAUUCAGCGCCUCAUGUGAAAAUCUCUCUUUCGUUU